GUCCUUCAAGUCUGGCGGUACAGGUUUGGGUAUGGUUCCUGUCUCGAGGAUCCGCCCAAAGGAGACGCGGCAGCAAUCGAUGACCUACGAACUGUUUUACUGCGGUGUACUCUGGGACCCGCCUGUCCCGACAAAGAUCUGGUCUGUCCAACUAGCGGCACCAUUCUCCGGCGAAUUUUGAGCCCUUGCAUGUAUACGAGAUGGACGUCUGCGGGGCGGAUUCCGACGGCCGAGAGUUCAAGAGCGCGAGGGAGAUGUGGAGCGAGGAGAUUGGAGAGGACGACCCCGCCAAGAAGAGGGACUGGUACAGAAAGGGCGUCUCCUACUGGGAGGGUAUAGAGGCUUCUGUGGAUGGUGUUUUGGGUGGCUAUGGGCAUGUCAACGAAUGCGAUGUGAAAGGUAGUGAAAGUUUCCUUGGUGAGAUUUUGUUCAACCGUCCUCCUGGGAAGCGUCAUCUAGUUUCCCUUGAUUGUGGUUCUGGUAUUGGAAGAGUUACAAAGAAUCUUCUCCUUAGGUAUUUUAAUGAGGUUGAUCUGGUUGAACCAGUUUCACAUUUCCUAGAGACGGCUCGUCAAAGUUUAGCUGUGGAAAAGGAGUUAGAUUCUGAAAUGCACAGGGCUGUGAACUUCUUUUGUGUGUCUUUGCAGGAUUUCACCCCAGAAGUUGGAAGGUAUGAUGUUAUAUGGGUCCAAUGGUGCAUAGGUCAGCUUGCAGAUGAUGAUUUUGUUUCAUUCUUCAGACGAGCAAAGGUUGGCCUUAAGCCAGGGGGUUUCUUUGUUGUGAAGGAGAAUGUUGCACGAAGUGGUUUUGUGUUGGAUAAGGAGGAUAAGAGUAUCACGAGAUCUGAUUCAUACUUCAAGCAACUGUUCAAGCAAGCUGAUUUGUAUUUGUACAAGACAAAGGAACAAAAGGGAUUUCCAGAGGAGUUAUUUCCUGUGAGGAUGUAUGCAUUGGCAGCUGAGGAACCGAGGGGCCACCGUGGGAAGAGGAAGAAGCACACCAAUUCUCCUGCUGUUAUUAGGUUAUGAAUUUUCAAAGGCUUUUCUUGCUUCAUGUAUGAGAGACAGGAUGGCAUCGUACUUGUGCAACUUGGAGGUGAAAAUUGACUGCUCAUUUAACCAGCAUCGAUUUUCUCUGCUUAUAUUCUUGCAAACAUUUUCAUUUCUUUAGAUAUAUUGUAAACAAACUGGUAUUCAGCUGUC